UGCUACCACGACCUUUCUGCUGUAGACUACCGCUACAAGCAGCGACGCAUCACCCCCCUCACUCCAACGACCUUGGACGAAGAACCCCGUCAUUGGACGAUGGAAGCGGUGGGCAUUCCCAUGGACGACGUCAUGCUCCGUUUCCGGAUGCACAGCAUUGUGUACCUGUCCUUCGGCCUGCGUUUCUUCGGCCUCCUGCUGAGCUUCGCCACGCCCAUCCUGCUCUGGGGUGCCACGGCAAGCACGAACUCUUGCGUAGUCUACGACCUCCUGCCAUCGGUGGACCUGGUGACGGGAGUGGCGCCGCAGCGUCACGUGUGGAGCCUGGCGCUGUUGCUGGACCUGAACCCGCGGCUCGUGCUCGCCUUUCUGCACUGGCACUACCUGGGCCGGCGCUCCGUGCUCGUGGCGCACCCGGAGCGCUCGCUCUUCACGCUGGUCACGCAUGCGGGACUGGCGCUGCACGUGGCCGAGACGCUGUCGCUGAGCCUCGUGUCCGGACUCCGCAACUACCAGGAGUACCCGGCGCACGAGCGCCUCUACACCCACUUCGUCGUCUCGUCGCUGAUGUUCAUGCUGAGUGCAUGCCUGUCACUCCGCAUGUGCCAGCACGAGCAGGGACACAAGGCACGCCGGUCGCUACGCCUCAAGCUGUGCCUGGUUACCUUGGCAGGGGCAGUGGCUGUGGCCAUGCUCGUGUACGUCAACGAGCACCGUGCCAACUGCUCUGGAAAAACCGAAUCUUGGUUCCCGGUGUGCCAGUGGGUGUACGCCAUGUGCCACGUGGCCUUCCACUUGACGUUCGUCUACGACAUUCCGAACCGAGAGGUCAUCGUGGGCACGACGCGGCGGCGGGCUCUGCGCAGAGACAGCCGACACGGCUGACGAAACACGCCUCCUCACCCACCGACCUCACCGUUUACUGUUUAUUUGCAG